GCAGGAUCUUCGCUUUCUUACGGUGGCUGGGUCUCACACGAUUGGUUGCAUCAGGGCUGCGAGCCACCAAGUGAAAGCAUCCCAGGCGUUUUUGGCCCACGUAUCUGCGGAGGACGGCACGAUCGCCAAAGACAAGGUCCUGGCAUCAUGUCCGACGUUCGCUGAUCCCUUGCAAAACGGCGUAUCGUUCAGGAUCAUCCGCAGCGCAGUCGAACAUUUUUGCCCCAGACUGCCCGCCAUGAUCGCAGAUGCGAUGAACAAGGUCCACGACACGUUCCAGGAAGUCACCCCCAUCCAGACGCUGAAGAGCCUGUUCAGCAAGGCCCAGAUGAACUUGCGGCAAUUCGGGGACGCCAAGUGGGAGCUCGUCGCAGCGGACCUUGAACGGGACCGCCCAAGCAUGACAGGCCAUGGGAUUCCAAUGUGCGAGUUCCUCUCGAACUGGGCGGGCGGCGGCAAGGGCCAAUUCUUGGACGAGUUGUUGGAAUAUUCGUGCUCUCUGAAGUUUCGCAGGUUCGUUGGUGGGUUUACGUGGAAGCUACUUGCGAACGUGAAGUUCUAUUCUGGCCCAGCGUGCGUGUUGGCAAUGGCGAAGGCAGCGCUAACAGCUCCAGAGUCCUUCCUGCAGAGGGGCGAGUCUCGCCUGUUCAACUCCGCCGACAUCGACGCCAUCAGCGCGUCCAAGAAGCACCAGUGCAUAGAGGCGGUGGCGAUGUUCACCACUGCCAAGGAGUUCCUGCAGCAGGUCGGCAGCCUCACGAAGGUUCAGAAGACCAUGCUCAUUGGCGACCUCGAGGUCAGGGCCGUCAUGACGAUCCAUGGGAAGAAGAGCAGGAGCCGCAAAACGUAUGAGUCGCUCCACGCCGUCGGCCAAGCGUUCUUGCAUGACCUGUACGCGCUGGUCCCCAGCACGAGGACGUUGGAGCCGCCGUGGAAGCUCGAGGAGAAGAAGGACUGCAGCCCGAAAGUGUCUCAGCUGAGGGAGUUCACCGAGAAGGGCCUUGGCCUGGUCGAGGUCAAGAAGCUGGGCUUCACCGAGGGCGCCACCGUUGAGCUGAAGGACGGCCCUGCGAUGAUGAUCAAGGGGAAGGUGCAGCGCUACUUGGUCGUGAAGCAGAUGAAGGACUGCCACGCGGAGCUGGACCAUGGCAUCGAGGGCGAGGUGCUGCUGCAGGUCCCGUUCGGGAAGUUGGCGGACGAGUGGAAGGUGGUCGUCGACGACAAAGUGCACACCAUCUCCAUGGAGAAGAUGGCAGACGCGCAGGAGCCCAUGCGGGCCCCCGCGAUACCCUGA